UCGACAGAGGGAACACGCGCUUACCUGGCCGACACACGCUCAUCCUUCUUCGCUCGGUUUCACGAAUCGAUCAUCACGAAUCGAUUCAUCGUCCACGACUCCUGUUUCUUCCCGUUUUCUUUUUUUUUUUUUUUCACCCUUCGUCGUUUAUCCCUUCGUCGCGGUUCCACGAAGAAGAAGAAGAAGAAGAAGAAGAAGAAGUCUCGUUUUCAAAGGAUCGCUCUUUUUUUUUUUCCUUAAUUUUCUCGCGAAAGUGAUGGAAUCGGGCCGAGAGUUUGAUCGUCUCCUCGAUCUCUUCGAUCUCUAAAUAUUCUCGCGUAUCGAGAAAGUGCGAGCAAAAAAAAGAGAGAAAAGAGAGUAUAAAAAAUUCUCUCUCUCUCUCUUUCUAUAUAUAUAUAUAUAUAUCUUAAAUUUUUAAAUAUUUAAAAUUUCACCGAUCCGUCUCAUCAUUCGAUCGAUCUUGAUCGAUUCAUCAUUUCAUCGAAUCGUUCGUUUUCUUAAAAAAAAUCUGUUUCCCUCUGAGAAAGAAAAAAAAAAAAAAAAAUCAUCGACCAGAGAAGAAGAAUUACGAGGAUCGAGAGAUCGAUGACGGGGGUCGAGAGUUGGAGCGCGAUCGUCGAUCAGUGGACGAGGAAGCGGAACGGUGAGAUGAUAAGGCCGCUCGCACCUUGCACGCGAGGCGAAAAGUAGGCGAAGAGGAAAUCCCUGCGGAGUGGAUAUCGAACGAGGGCGGACGAGAUCCAGGAUAGUGGCGUGUGGCACAUUUGCCGUACAGAGAAAACCCGUCUCCAAUGGUUUUUCUUCCUUCCAUCCGCUCACUUCCACUGUUCCACGUUCUUACAUAAAGGGGGAUUUUGCCGACCGUCAGUUAAUGAACCCGGCUGUGCGCGCGUAUAUACAGGGAACAUCCGUCGCCGAGUUUACGAGGAGACGAUUAUCCAGCAAAUAAGAAUCGCGCGACGAAUAAAUGAGCGAAACUCAUCGGAGUGAAAGAUCAUCGAGAACGAAAUCCUGAUAAUCGGUCUUAAGCGAUCGAGAAAGUUAAUAAUUUCCAUCGCGUAGAAAAUAAGAGGAAACGAUUAAUGAGAGGAAAAAAAUAGAUCGAGAAAGGAGGAAUCGAUUUCAACUGCAAGAGGAAGGGGGGGAAAAAAGGAAGAAAAAGAGAAAGAAAGGGAAAGAAAACGAUGCCGGUUAACCAAGUGUUCUAAGAACGAAUCGUGUGCAUCCUCGAGAACAAUGUUCGGCCAAGUGACGUGAAGACAAUACUUUCAAGACACAUGGUAGCACACAUCGUAGAUUAACUGUAACAAAGAUUUCUAAGUGGCGAUAAACAGAGCAAGAAUUAUCCAAUUAUCCUUAAUUGACGUGAAUUUUAACAGUGAAACACAGGAGAACCGAUUUCAGCAACAUGCGUUAUCUCUUUUGUGAUCUCCAACGUGAUGUUCAUAAUACACCUGUAUCCCUCUGAUUAAAUAUACAUACAUGCGUGUUGAGAAAUCUUGAGGGAGAGAAAAAAAGAAGAAGAAGAAGAGGAAAUAAAGGAAGAAAAAAAGAAGUCACGUUUAAAACAAGUUGAUCACAAGUUGUUACGAAAUUAAAAGUGGGCAGGCAAAGUUUGAAAGAUCGUCGUUGAUUCGCGCAAAUUGUGACACGAUGAAAUUCAUAGGAUCGUUGUUGGGUAUCAGCUCGCCCAAGAAGAUGGGCAAGGAGUACAUGAAGGUGGGGAGGAACGCCCUGUUCGGUGUAAAGACGAGUCAACACGACGGCCUCUGCACGGACAAGGUCCCUAGACCUUUGUCCUUCCUCGUUUCUAAGAAUGGGAAGUUGAAACACGGUAGAGUGUCAGCAAUUUUCAUAGGAAUUCUGACGCUCGUGAUCGGCAUUAUUUUAAGCAGUAUACCUUGGGUGGAUUACAUUAUAUUAAAGCAACUUCGAUUGUGGAAUGGGUCUCUUUCUUUUCAAUACUGGCAGAAACCAGGAGUAGUUAGAUUGACCAAAGUUUACAUAUUUAAUGUGACCAACGUAGAAAACUUCUUGCAAUACAACGAAAAGCCAAAAUUACAAGAAAUUGGCCCGUUCGUGUACAAAGAGGAUAUGGAAAAAGUGAAUAUCGUUUUCCAUAACAAUGGUACCGUAACUUAUCAACACAAGAAAAUAUUAAACUUUGUACCAGAGUUGUCGAAGGAUAAAGAUCUCAAAGUAAUAGUGCCAAACAUUCCGCUAUUGACAUUGUCGACGCAAAGCAAGAGUCUACCUCGAUUUAUCACUUUAGGAUUAUCUAUGUUUUUGAGCGGAAUGCACAUGAAAUCGUUCGUUCCAGUAACUGCUCAAGAACUCGUUUUUGGAUACGACGAUCCAUUAGUCAGCAUCGCCCAUCGAUUCUUUCCAAAAACGAGACGUCCCAUGAGUCAAAUGGGACUUCUUCUCGGGAGGAAUGGCACGUUGGAUGAAGUGUCUACUAUCUUUACGGGGCACACGGAUAUGAAAGAGUUUGGAUUAAUAAAUCGUUUGAAUGGGAUGGAUCGUCUACCGUAUUGGCCGACCGCGCCUUGCAAUUCUAUUCGCGCUUCAGAGGGAUCCUUUUUCCCACCCCGUGAGAAAACUGGCGCCGACAUCGUGCACAUUUGGGACAAGGAUCUUUGUCGAACCCUGCCUUUAAAAUAUCACGGCUCAACCGAGAAAUCAGGGAUCAAAGCGGAUUUAUAUGUACCCCCUGACGCCGUGUUUGGACGGCCAAACGAAAGCGCUCCAGAAAACGAAUGUUUUUGUCCGGAUGACAUGUCCACGUGUCCUUCGAACGGAUUGCAAAAUAUCAGCCCUUGCCAGUAUAGCGCACCGGUUUAUCUUUCCUUCCCUCACUUCUACAAAGCGGAUCCUAAUUUAUUGGAGGCGGUCGAGGGAUUAAAUCCAAGCCGAGAAAUACACGAAACUUAUUUUAAAAUUCAACCAAAAAUUGGUGUGCCUUUAGAGGGGAAGGUCCGGGUACAAUUGAACUUAAAGAUCGAACACCAACCGUUGAUCAGUGUUGUGUCGAAUUUUCCCGACAUCGUGUUUCCUAUCAUGUGGCUGGAGGAAGGUAUCGAAGAGCUGACACCAUCUAUACGUAGAUGGGUUUAUUUUGCAACAACAUUUAGCGAUGUUGCUGCGCCUUGUACCUCGUAUGGAUUAAUUCUAGUCGGUAUAGUAAUCAUAUUCGUCGUGUUCAUGAAGGCUUACAACAACGUGGUGCUCACGCACGAAGCGAUCGAAUUAGGCAAACGUACCAUAAGAAGAGGUUCCACGUUGUUAAUGAAUGGACAGCACAAAUUAUUAAUGACUCGAGAACAGUAUGUUUUGCUCACAGAUAAGGAGGAUAAUGACGAGAAAUCAGGGAUAAUAGAGAUCUAGUUAGUUAUAGAUUUUUUUCCUUCUUUCUUUUUUUUUUUUUUUUUUUUUUCUAUUUCCUUAAAUAGAUGUAUAUUACGAAGUAAUCUAAGAAUCGUUUUGUAAUGUAGGAUUUGUAAUCGUUUAAUACUAUAGACCAAAGCUUUUUUUCUAAUUACCUGAAGAAAAUAUCGAUAUAUAUGUAUACAUAUAUAUAUAUAUAUAUCGAUUCGAAUAGAGUUUGGCAAAUAUUCAACGAUUACCUGUAUGUUUCUUUUUUUUUUUGUUUUGUUUUCUUUGUUUUCUUGUCUACAUCUGUGAUUUCAUCUGUUUUAUUUAUAAUGAACGUGUACGAAACAGAUCGUGCUUGGACGAACGAAAAUGGAUAACGAAAGAACAAAAGAACGAAAUAGGUGAAGAAGCAAGUGAAUAAAUUUAUUUUGAUUAGUAUUCGAUAUGGGUUAUAUAGGAAUUUGUUGUAACUUGGUUCACGCACGAUCAAAAUUCGGUGCAAUAUUACAAGUAUUGUAUCUUAGAUAUUAAUUACCAAAACUCAGAGGGAGCAUUAGUUAGAAUAAGAUCUUUAAUUUUUAUCUUUUAGGAUUUUAAUAUUUCUAAAAAUAAAAUUAAGAAAAGUUUGUAAAAAUUUUAAAGAUCUACUCGUUAAUUCGAAUGAUUAAAAUAAUGUGUGAAAAG